AUGGAUACUGCCACCGCUGGAUAUGGAGAUGAUGACUUGGAUGAUGGGAUCAAUGGUGUCGAGGGCGCUGAUGAGGCAGACAAUCUACAGGCUACCAUUAGUGAUCUCUGGGGGACAGGCCGUGUUAUAACAAAUUUCUUCAAGAAGGCACAGCUUGCUUCAUUGUCCACCACAGCACCCAGACCACUCCGCAUGUUCAUCACUGGCUCCACCGCUAUCCAUCUUAUUUUUGACCCCUCGUUACAACAUCAAGCUAUUGACAAUAUCGCCGAGAAGUUCUGUUUGCCUGACUUUGCACAUACAACAGAUGCCACACCACAGCAGUUUUACUGCCAGGCAGAACUCUCCCAUGGGCUUCACAUUUCCUUACCUACAUCCAAUGUCUCGACAUGGUACCUCAGCAAUGUGGAGAGCUCUAAGUUCGCUCAAUCAUUUUUCCUCAAUAAGUACAUUGAUAAGGAUUUUUAUUAUGCCAUUGUAGAGACUCAUGCCUCUCACUGUGCAAUAUCGCAGUUUUCACCAAGGAGUACACAGCAUGAACUUGUAGCAUCAGUCUGUAUGCUACCUGCAGCUAUUCCUAUACAAGGUGCAGCUUUCCUGCGCAACGCGCAACUCGCACGCGUACCUUUCCCGCGCUUCACGAUGUAUAUGCACGCGCACUUUCCCGCACUUGAGCGCCCUAUAGCGCCAGCCAUCCAGAAGCAUCCAUCCACUGUCCACCAAGCUCUCUAG